AUGUAAUAAUAAUAUUCCUUUAGUUUCUAUCCUCCACAAUAUCCCAGUUAAUAUGUUUAAGUUAAUUAUUCAUAAAAUAUCACUUAAUUAGGAUAAACCCUAUAUCAGGCUUCACAUCAAGUAAUUUUUUUAAUAUCAUUUUUAUAGGUUUAUUAUCAACCUAUAUUGUAACCAUAGACUUAUCAUUCACAUUCGCAUAUAAAUUAUGUCAUCAAUUAAAGUUAUGAUCAACUAAAAUAAUAAUAAAUUAAACCUUCUCAAAAAAAGGAUUAAAAAUACUAAAAUUAAUAGCAAUAGCAAUAGUACUAAGAUUAGAAAAAAGCCAACUAAUCUUCUCCUUAAUAAUUUUCACAAACAUUGAUACCAAACUAAACAAAACUUUAAUCACCUCAAACUUAAACUCAACUCAAAGUUUAAUAAUAGGAGUACUAAUAAUAAUCAAUUCAAAAACAAUAAAUCAAUAAGCCUCCUUAAAAUACUCAAUAACCAUCUUAAUCUAAGAAAGAUGAUGAAUUAAAGAAGUAAUUCUAGGUUGUUAAUGAUAGACCGAAAGAUCUAGUUUAAAAAAAUUAAAAUCAAGAAGUUAAAUAACCAUAAGAACAAUAAUAAUAAUCAAAACCAUAACCAAAAUAAGAAUAGUCGACAAAAUAACAAUAAGUUUAAAAUAAUUAGUUACAAGAAUUAGCUCUUUAAUAUGAUGAUGGUUUUAUUUAUAGAGGUUAGGGUUAUGAACCAGCUACUAGAGAAGGUUAAGGCAUUUUAACUGAUUAAAAUGAGAAUACAGUUUAUAAUGGUUAAUGGAAGGCUAAUAAAUAUCAUGGCUAAGGCAAAUUGAAUAAUUUACAAGCAGAGGAGAUUGAAGGUCCUUUUGAUUAUUAAGAUUUACGUGAAAUUCAAAAUGGUUGGCUUGAAUAUGAAGGUAUUCUUAUGAUUUAUAUAAUAGGGAAUUUCUCUGAAGGUAAAAUGUAAGGUUUUGGAAAAUUGUAACUUACAAAUGGGGAAGUAUUUGAAGGUCAAUUUUAAGAUGGAAUUAUUGAUGGUAAAGGCACUUUUACAACUGUAAAUGGCUAGAUUCUUAAAGGAUUAUGGAGAGAAGGAAUAUUAACUUAGGUUAUUUCUUGA